AUUGAAAAUAUCCGCCAUAUUUUUGUUUGGACGUUUGAGGUUAUUUUGUCGUAAAGAAACGACGCUUAUCUUGUUUCUUAGUUAAAUAAGUAUUAAAAAAGACGUAAAAGAUGAAACUAGUGAGAUUUUUGAUGAAGCUCAGCCACGAGACCGUUACAAUCGAGCUUAAAAACGGCAGCGUCGUACACGGGACGAUAACCGGUGUCGAUGUAGCGAUGAACACUCAUUUGAAGGCGGUAAAAGUAACGCUGAAAAACAAAGAGGAAUUACAACUGGAGACUCUUAGUAUACGCGGGAAUAAUAUAAGAUAUUACCUGCUCCCGGACAGCUUGCCUCUAGAAACUUUAUUGAUAGAUGACGCGCCGAAAGGUAAAGGCAAACGUGAGGGCGGAUUCCCUCGCGGAGGUUCGAGAGGCGGUCGCGGAAGAGGCCGAGGAGGCCGUGGGGGCCCGCGCGGAGGCCGUGGAGGCCGCGGCCGAGGGCGCCGAUAAGAACCAGUGCUAAAUCCUAAGACUCCAUUGUGAUUAUUCUUGUAAAGACAAAGGUUGAAAUCGUCUGUGGAAGUAAUGCAAGUCCUAAUAUAAGUCAUUUCUCUUUGUUAAGGUAAACCUAAGAAUUGUAAUACACUUGUAACAACAUA